GUUUCUAGACCCGUUUUUCUCCCACUCAGUCAGUGUUGAGAAGGCGGUCAGAAAACUCGUGAGUGUCGGCAUUUACCUGUCAAGAUACGGACUAACGUUACAAGCCGAGCAUUGGGAAUAUUUCUAGUUUCGACUAGAAAACUGCAAAACAGUACCUUCACGUCCCAGCCAUGGGUAUGAGCGGGACGGCGUGGAGGGGAGAGGGGGAUUUAAAUGUCUCUUUCGUCCCUGCAACCUCCUUUGAUUUGAACUAAACGGGGCACCGGAGCAGAGCGGAGCUGCUUUUAUGGUGAUUUGAGCGUUCGACUGAGACAAAAGUUGUUGUUACGUCGAUUACGGAAACUUGGUUCGUUUUUGUUCGCAUUUCGGGGAGUAUUUGGUUUCCCUGGAAAGCAGCGGUGGUCAACGGAAAAGCGGCUCACGGAGUCGGGACUGCCCGCUGGAAGUGGUCCUGAAAAUGGAGGCUGUUAUCGAGAAGGAAUGCAGCGCGCUCGGAGGACUGUUCCAAACUGUUAUCGGAGACAUGAAGAGCAGCUACCCUAUUUGGGAGGACUUUAUCACUAAGGCCGGCAAACUGCAGUCCCAGCUCAGGGCGACCGUGGUUGCUGUGGCGGCUUUCCUCGAUGCCUUCCAGAAAGUGGCUGACCUGGCUACCAACUCACGAGGUGGAACCAAAGACAUCGGAUCAGCAUUGACCAGGAUGUGCAUGAGACAUCGCAGCAUAGAGGCUAAACUCAAACACUUCUCCAUGGCUUUCCUGGAGGGUCUGAUCAACCCUCUCCAAGACCAGAUGGAGGAGUGGAAAAGAGGAGUCAACACUUUGGACAAGGACCAUGCUAAAGAGUAUAAAAGAGCCCGGCAGGAAAUUAAGAAGAAGUCCUCGGACACACUGAAACUUCAGAAGAAAGCCAAGAAAGUUGACUUGGAUCUUUUCUUCCUCUGCCUGUCCCCUGUGGUUCUGAUGCCAUCCUCCUCCUUAUGCUCCACUGCAGCUGAUAAUCUGGGUCGUGGUGAUAUCCAACCCCAGUUGCACAGUGCCAUGCAGGAUGUCAGUGAUAAAUACAUUCUGCUGGAAGAGACAGAGAAACUGGCCCUGAGGAAGGCUCUUAUAGAGGACCGACAGAGGUUCUGCUGUUUCGUGGCCAUGCUGCGGCCUGUAGUGGAUGAGGAGAUUUCUAUGUUGGGAGAGGUCACUCAUCUCCAGGCUAUCUCUGAUGACCUCAAAGCCCUGACCUCUGACCCGCACAAGCUUCCCCCUGCUAGUGAACAGGUGAUCUUGGACCUCAAAGGCUCAGACUAUGGUUGGUCAUAUCAAACGCCACCCUCAUCCCCCAGUACCACUAUGUCCCGGAAGUCUAGCAUGUGCAGUAGUCUGAACAGCGUUAACAGUAGUGACUCCAGGGGAUCCAGUGGCUCUCACUCUCAUUCUCCUUCCUCCUCUUCUUCCUCCUCUUCCUCACACCACCUCUUCCACCACCAUCACCCCUGCCAACGGUACCGUAGCUCCACGCUACCCCAGCAGGCCCCAGUCCGGCUCUCGAGCAUCUCCUCCCACGACUCGGGCUUCAUUUCUUCAUCACACGACCAAUACACAUUGUCCAAAUCAUCCUCGCCCAUGGCAGCUGAAACGAAGCCAUGUCCCAGUUCCAGCUCCUCUGAGGUAUCAGAAACUGGGCAGCUCCACAGUGACUGCAGCUCCCCCUCUCCUCUAGCUGCUGCUAGUGCACCUCAGCACACUACUGACCAGUCGUCCGAUGGCUUUGACCACUACAGUCCGGCCAAUUCCCCUUACUUGCAUACCAACGGAGGGAGUUUGGGGUCAGGGUCAGGCACUGCCUUUCCCUUCUUCCCUCCUUCCUCCUCAUCCUACACCACCUCCUCCUCCUCGUGCCCCACUCGUUCAUGGUCACGUCCUGCCUCUGCCUUGCUGCCUGACCAACCUCACAACGGCACGUUGGGAUCCCCCAUGGUGCCUUCAUCACGGGUCCCCAGCUGGAAGGACUGGGCUAAACCAGGCCCUUAUGACCAGCCCAUGGUCAACACACUGAGGAGGAAGAAAGACAAGGAGAUGCCAGCUGUAAGGGACAGUAAUGGUAGUGCGAGUAAUGACAGCAGCCGUUCCUCAGUCCCGACCUCAGCGCCGGCCCUGGCUGCACUACAAACAUCAGCAUCGGUGCAGGAGAAGAACAGAACCGUGGCUGCACCUCUCAAGGCUGGUGAUAUUGAGGCCCAUGAGGAAUUGGCUCUGGCCUUAUCCAGAGGUCUAGAGCUAGACACCCAGAGGUCCAGUAGGGACUCCAUCCAGUGUUCCAGUGGCUACAGCACCCAGACCAACACACCCUGCUGCUCCGAAGACACAAUACCAUCACAAGUAUCAGACUAUGACUAUUUCUCAAUGGCCGGGGAUCAGGAGCCUGAGCAGCAGCAUUCUGACUUUGACAAGUCUUCCACCAUCCCUAGAAACAGUGACAUCAGUCAGUCCUACAGACUCAUGUUCCAGAGCAAACGGCCGGCCUCCACAGCCGGCCUGCCCAGCACACAGACUCCUUACCAUGGACAGGGGGCCUACUCUGCAGGGCCCUAUCCCCCCACACCGGUCCACACUGGGGCUUAUCCUUCAGCCUCCCCAGGAACAUUUUCAGGUCAGGGAUAUUUUUCUGGAUCCAGCACCCACAAUGCCUCUGGCUCGUAUUCUACAGGCCACGGUCCUGUUAUCGUCACCCCUGGGGUUGCCACAAUCCGCCGCACCCCCUCUUCAAAACCCUCCACCCGUCGGUCAGGCUCAGUUGUGGGAACGGGCCCCAUUCCUAUUCGUACGCCUGUCGUCCCAGUAAAACCCCCGACAGUACCCAAUAUGUGCGGAGCAGUAAAUGGGAGCAGGAGUGUAGAAGAGGUGGGAGGAGGAAGGAGAGGAGGAGAAAUCUCAAAUUCUCCAACAUUUGCAGGAAGGGAGGAUGCUGGCACGCUGCCUGUGAUGUCCUGGAGUGGUCAGGCUACAACCAAUCCUCCCACUGUACUCCUACCCAACCAGCAGCACCUGCACAGUGAGAUGGGGCAGGAAGGAGCAGGUGAGGAGGCAGGAGAAGAGUUAGAAGGCAACAUGCUACUGGCCAUCCGCAAGGGGGUCAAGCUCAAGAGAACCCUCACCAACGACCGCUCCGCACCACGCAUCCCAUGAUGACAUGACACACACACACACACAAAAAAAUGUGUGAGCUCAGGUGGUUGUAAAUGAGAUCCAAGGCUUUGGAAAAGAAAUGUACACAAUCAAAAGGCUUCUUUUGCUAGUAUGAGAAUGUAUUAAUACGUAGCAUUUCUCCUUCUGUAAAUGUUUACCUGUGAGAGUCGCUCACUGCAGAAGCCAUCUCUGAUUCAAUAUUCAAAAUACAUAGAUAUGCCAUUGUUCAGCUUCACACUUUCUGAAUUGGCCUAUGACGCCGCAGAAAUAAUGUAAAGCCAAGUUUGUUAAGAUAUUGGUUUUGACCUAAAGAGGAACACAGGCCCACUUGUGGUAGGUGGAGUAAUUAUACGAGUACAAGGAUAAGACCGAAGACAUUAGCUCCUCAAAUAGAGGUUUUUGGCCAAAGCACUAAAAUGUAUUUUGAAAAUCCGAGCCCACAGCGUCAAACGAGGACAGAGUAGCAUUACACAACAGUGAGUACAUUUCCGCAAAGACAUAUUUUACACACAUGCAUCCAGUAUUCUUCCUGAAUGGCUGGACAAGGACAAUGUUGUCUGCCUCUUCUCAGUGUAAAAAGACUCUGUGUAUAUAAUCCGUCCCAUUGUUUGGGGAGCGUUUUACCAUCGUGGGACAAAUACUCCUUCUAACUGCCUCCACUUGACGGAUGACUUGGAGGGACGCCCUGACGGCGGCGGUGUUGUCGUCCCCUCACUGUUAAAAUACUUGUUACUUGAGAUCUCCGCCGAGCCAACGGGGACAGAGGCUGAUCGAGAAGCAAAAAAUGGACUUCCAAGUCAGAGUUGUCGGAGACGACCGUGUGACUAGAGCGUCACAUGGUUGAUGCCGUGACAUGAACGGCCACUCCGAGUUCCGACCUGUUUUAGUUUGUUUUAGCAUUUACAUGAUUUGUAAAUAAUGUUGCGUGCCUCUGCUGCUAAGGAGUGUGUUGGCUCCUCCACAGUGUCACAAUCAUUAAGGUUCACAUCUUUAAACCGGAUAGUUAUGGAUUUCCAAUAAUGAUCAUCAAACCCUGUUACCUUUGGCCAGGAAUGAAGUUUAUUUUCAGCAUUUUUUUCCAUUUUGAAUCUUGUUUAUUAAUAUGCGAUAUCUACAUGCUGAGCUUUGUAGAACUCCUCAGUGGUUUGUGUUUAUAUAUAUUAGCCCUUAUAUAUUAGCCCCUUGUUUUUUGUAGCAUUUAUUAGCCGUAUUAACUACCCGCUGCGCAUCGAUUGCUCAAAACAUUACUAAUGAAUGUCAAAAGUACAGAUGUGCCUUGUCAAAAAUCAACAUUAAUUAAAAUGUGUGUAUAUAUAUAUAUAUAUAUAUAUAUAUAUAUAUAUAUAUAUAUAUAUAUAUAUUAUUAGACAUUUUAUCCGACUUUUUUUCAGGACAAAUAUUUGUCGUUGUUUCUAAAGUAAUGAGUAGAAAGCUGUAAUUAGUGAUGCAGACCUGUUUUGUCACUCUUUGUUGUCUGCUUUGAAACACAUGUAGCGUGCAUGCUCAUGUCCUUUUGAUCCAUUAGGUUUUUACUUUUGCAUCCGUCAACUUUAAUUCUAGUGACAUAGAAGGUGUCAAGGACAUACAUACAGAUUUUGUUUCAAUAAAAACUAGGCGAUUAAAUCAA